AAACUAGGUAGAAGGGCCUCUAAACAGUGCAGCGGCGCUCUCUCACUCUUUGGCUGCUUCCCAUUCCGCCAUCAGCGGCCUGAGAUUAACCUCAGUAUGGCGGAUUCGCGCCCAAUACUUCACGGCCACAUGAACGGCAUAAGUGGCGGCGAUAACCGGAGCUCUCAACGCCCCUCUCCGGCUUCCUCAAAGAAAACCCUCGAAUGGGUGCCGCUCGAAAGACAUCCUAUCUUCAGCAAAAACAGCAGCACCGCCAUUACCGCUCCAACAAACAUCUCUUCCUCUAUCGGUGCUAUUCAAAAUCUCCUGGCAUGGGAUGCCGGAUCCUCUCGCCUUUUCCUCUGGGAUGCAGGCUCCCAGUGCGUCCACCGCUUAGCCGUGCGCUUCCGCGAUCCAGAGCCCGCUUCCUGCUCCACAUCCUCCUCUUCGGCGGUCGUCGAGGGGGCCUCCCCAUCUGAGGUACUCUUGAUGGAUAUUGAUAUUCAACCUACAGUCCAGCAAAUAUCUCUUAACAAUGAUGGCUCAACAUUGCUUCUUAUUGGUUCUGAAGGACUGAGUGUCAUGCAUCUGCACGAGAGGACUAAUACAAUUGAUGGCAAAAUUUCUUGCAGGACAGUAUUACUUGGUUCGAGACUCUUUUCUAGCUAUAACAAUGGCUUAAGAAUACUUCAAGCGACAUGGCACCCUCACAGCAGUAACCAUUUAGGUGUUCUGUCUUCAGAUUCAGUGUUGAGGCUGUUUGACUUGUCAUCUGACUUGGAACGAGCUGAGCAGGAAUUUUAUAUUCAGCCUGAACUUGGACGGGAAAAAACUAUCGUUUCAUUCUGCCCUGUUGCAUUUUCAUUUGGAGGUCAGCAUUUGUGGGAAAGAUUUUCGGUAUUCAUUCUGUACAGUAAUGGUUCCCUGUACAUUCUUUGCCCUGUUGUUCCAUUUGGAAGUUUUUGUAGUUGGAUGCAUGUCAAGGAGAUCUAUAAAGAUGCUCAUGUUUUUGGGUUGGGUUCGUCCAAUCCAAGAGUUUCCAGAAACUCAGGUUUGGCCAUUACUUGGUUAGAAGCAACGUUUCCUGAGUUAGUUGAACGGAAGAUGGAAGGAGAUGGUGUUUUGUUAUUCAGAGCUCAUUCUUAUACUCCCAUAGAUGCAUCUCUAGUAUUGCAGGGUCCUCUUGUAAAUUCUUCUCAUGGAGUAAAAACUGAUGAGCCCAGUGCAGAUUGUGAAGGUAAGUCUGUAAACUUACUUUAUUGCUCUAUUGACAAGGAUUCAGUUGUUGUAACUGCUUGGAGCAGUGGGCAGCUCCAGAUUGAUGCUCUAGCAGAUGAGAUUCAGCCACUUUGGAAAGCUGGAAGCUCUCCCCAUCUUCUUCUAGACACUUCCGGUAAUAUUGAGAGUGUGGCUGUGAUUUGCCAAUCAGAUUUGGAAGAAUCGUCUACAAACCAUGAAUUAAAAAACAGAGAAUCCCUUCUAUUAUUGAAGUUGGCGAUUGUAGACUUAUCACUGCCUAAAAAUCCAUUGAAUCAAUGCCUGCUUUCACUCUAGAGAUUUUACUGUUUACAUGGUGGUGGUGUGGACAUGAUUAUCAUACAUCGCCUCCCUUUUUCAACUACAAUUCCUAAAACGGAGGCGGCAACAUCUGUCCGGCCAAUUCUCACAACAUCCUAUUCUGAGUCUUCACCUCAGGCUCUUUGUGGUUUCCUCAUGGUGGCAGAUUCAUAUGGUCAUUCACAAUUUGUAGGAGUGACACCCAGUAAUGAAUGUCUUGUGGUGGAAAUGAAGGGUUGGAAUGAGAUGCUUCCCUGCCACUUUGACUUGGAUGUGAAACCUUCUGGUUCUACAGAGAUCAAAAUUUCUGAUCUUCUAAGCAAAGAACUUCUUACUGGUCCUAAAUCUAUCAUCAUUCCUCCAUCAACAAGUCUCGGAUCCUUGACUCCUGACUCUAUUGAAGGUCGAUCCACUCUCCAUCAUUAUAUCAAGCUUUUCCAUGAAAACUAUGUGGAAUAUGCACAUAAGGUGCACAUUGAACUCGAACAGCAUGGUGAGUAUGUGAAGACAAUAACAGACACCCAACUAAAACGCCUGAAAGAGGUAGAACAGUGUCUUUUGAAGCUGGAGCAAAAUGAAAAUGGCGUGCAAGGCCGGAUCAAUCGCGCCUUCAAGGUAUACGAGCUAUUGGAGCAGCGUCUGAAGAAUUUUGAAGCAUUACCUGCUACAAAUAAAAAGCCACUUUCAAAGGCUGAAAGGGAAUUCAAUGCUGAUCUAGAUAGAAUUACAAAUCUGGAGCUGGAUGAGUUUCGUUCUUCUAUUGAUGCGUUGAGCACGCGUCUGAAAAGAUAUCUUCAGACUUCUACAGCAAGUUCGCCAAACAUGGGAAGGUUAGGUUCUGCAAGGAGUAAAACUAAUGUUUCAAAUGAUCAAAUUUCUCAGUUGAUGUCGUCUUUAAGUCUGCUGUCCAAUAGUAAUAGUUGUAUAAUAGCUGUAGUUAGCACAGGCCAUGAUGAUGAUUCUGUUUGCUGUGAUGACUAG